CUUUCUCUUCUUCUUCCUCCUCUCUUUACUACUGUACAAAAGCCAGAUCGACAUUGACCGAGAGGAUCACAGGAUGUGAACAACAUUAAAAAAAAAAAGAAGAAGAAGAAUUUCAGAGGAGCUUCAGAAAUGUCGCAGCAGAAUACUAACACUAACAGUAGCAGUAACAGCAACGUUAUUCCGGUGAGCGAGGUGUAUUGGUCUCUGGUGGACAAGGCCGACAAGAAGUUCUCUAAGAUCAGGGACUUGCCCUAUUACCAACGCAACAGGUACGAUACAUAUUUUUAUAAGGUUUUCAAGGUGUACACGCAGUUGUGGAAGUUCCAACAGGAGAAUCGGCAGAAGCUGGUGGAAGCAGGGCUCAAGAGAUGGGAAAUUGGCGAGAUUGCUUCUCGGAUUGCACAACUUUAUUUCGGGCAGUAUAUGCGAACAAGUGAGGCGAGUUAUUUGUCAGAGUCGUAUGUAUUCUAUGACGCAAUAUUGACUCGGGAGUAUUUCAAGGAGGGAUUGUUUCAGGAUGUCAAUCUUGCGAACAAACAGUUGAGGUUUCUUGCUAGGUUUCUCAUGGUGUGUUUAGUUUUGAACCGGCGAGAAAUGGUUCACCACUUGGUUAACCAGCUAAAAAUACUGGUUGAUGAGUGUAAGAGGACAUUCCAGGAAACUGACUUUAAAGAAUGGAAGCUGGUGGUUCAGGAAAUAGUUAGAUUUUUGAAAGCUGAUGUAGCUUUUAUGAAUAUUAGGCCCUUGAGAUAUAGUCUUUUAUUGGACCCUCAUCCUGAUUCAUUACCACAUGUUCUUCCAUCUAUUGCAAGGAGAAACCUAAGAUUACGAGAUGUGAUAUUGAGCAGCUACCAUCAUAAUGAGGUCAAGUUUUCAGAGCUUACUCUUGACACUUUCAGGAUGCUUCAGUGUCUGGAGUGGGAGCCUAGUGGCUCAUUUUACCAGUCAAGCAGUUCAAGAAUUGGCCAGAAUGGAGCCCCAGCGCCUAGUCGUAUGAACUACUCCCAGGAUAUCACUGAUCCUACUUUGCCACCGAACCCGCGGAAAGCCAUCUUAUAUCAUCCAUCUGUGACACAUUUCAUUGCAGUUCUGGCCACAAUUUGUGAGGAGCUUCCCCCUGAUGGAAUUAUCUUAAUUUAUUUGUCAGCUUCAGGAAGAGGUGGACUUUCUAUUUCAUCACCAUCAGGUGCUGGAACUUGUAUUGACACAAAAGGCAACGCUGCCUGGAACUUUCAGUCACAUAGUGUCUACUCUGAUGCGACCUCUGCUUCACCAAUCAGCCCCCCAUGUGAUAGCUCGAACCCUUCUUCGCAAAGUCAAGGUGAUUGUAUGUACUACUCUGGCUGCUUACAAUUUGGAACUCGUGGAAGUGGAGGAAUAAACUGCCUUUACCCCUGUGACUUUGUUCCCUUUACAAGAAGACCACUUUUUUUGGUUAUUGACAGUGACAACAGCGAAGCAUUCAAGGCUAUAGUCGGAGCAGAAAAAGGAGAGCAAGUUGCUAUGCUCCUAUCUCCAAGCUCUUCAUCUCCGAUUACUUCUGCUGAUUCCUCUUGUCACCCAUGUGGAAGCCUAUUCACCAUUUUUCUCACUGCUCCAUUGCAGGCUUUCUGUCUGCUGCUUGGUCUUUCAGGUUCUGAUAUUGAGAUGGAUACAUUUAACAAGGCUGAGAAACUGCUUUCCUUAUCACUAUCUGACUGGGGAUUGGCUUUGACAACAUCAGACAUGCUAAAUCCAGUUUGGGCACAGACUCUAAGUGAUCCAUUCCUUAGACGACUUCUCUUAAGAUUCAUUUUUUGUCAGGCAGUUCUCAUGCUGUAUGCUCCAACCUUUAAUAAGAAGGAAUUCCAUCCCACGUGUAUGCCUACUCUUCCUGUGUCUGUUCUGCCAACAAACACCAAUUCUCAAAUGGUAGUAAAGCAGAUAGCAAGCGUCUUUGGUGCAGUGAACAAUUUUGUCUUCUCAGAAGGAGUGGUGCUUCCAGAAAAUAGAUAUGGUGAUGUGGAUGUGAUGUCAAAUUAAUGAAGAACAUUUUUGGUUGGAAUAUGCGCUUUUUAAGAUGUAAAUUUGUCUCUAUUCAUGGGGUCUCUGAUCUUUUCAUUAAACUGAUCAUAAAACCUUGAGAUGGUGGCUGCCGGAAAAUAAUUGCACAAUCUGGGUUGUAAAUUUGUGAUUUGUGUAGAACAACUGGGAGAAGUUCAUAUAUUAUAUGUUUCCCUGGUGAUUUCA